AUGACCGACAACGAUCCCCCUCUUUCUCCGACGGCCGCCAUCGCCCAGCCCCUUCUUCUUCAGGGUCUCCUCGGGCCCCGGCUCGUCCAUACUCAAGAUCUUCCCACUUCCAUCCUUCUCCGCUCCAACUCCUGGAAUGAUGCUGCUAUCAUGCAAUCCGACUCCACCUCGGCUAUCGCCGCUUCCCGCUUCCGCUCCACCCUCCAGGAUUCCCAACUUGAUGGCCUCUCUGCCAAAUACACCGCUCCUUCCAACCUCUCGGACUCCUUCUCCGAUCUCCUUGCGAAAUCCAUUCGCAGCGGACCCCACACUCGUGCCUGGUCUCGCACCGAAGCCUACAAUCUCAUGCCCCGCCGUAACAUUGGAGGUUUUCUCAUCAUCGCCAAGUUCCGCCUUGCCGACGGCUCUCUUUCAGCCCCCCUCUUCUGUAUCACGGGACCCCCCGCUGUGGCUCCGCCCACUUCCAUUGGCUCUUCCAACAGCCUCUUCCCGUCGGCUUCCAUGCCGCCUGACACUCAACUGGCCACUCAAGUGCCCUUUCCACCCCACGUUCAGCCCGUGGCCCUCCCGUUUGCCACUCAAUCUUGCUCCACCAUAGCUUCCUUAGCCACCUCCUCGUCUCCUGACUCCAUCAUUGAUGACCUACCUAUCGGCGUCAUCCCCGACGCCCGCAACAUGUUCGAACUAGUCCCAAUCCACAACUCCGUCAUGAAUGUCAUGCAAGACCUCCCCGAGACGCAUCCAUUCAUUGCCAACAACAUCUGGAUUCCAGACAUCAUCCCUGAUGAUUCUUCUCAGGCAUCCACACCCAACUUAGAACUCAUCACCAUUCUCCGAGAAGGAGCUGUCCCACCCUGUCCCCUCGCAGCACCCUCGCCUUGGCCCAAACCAGCUCCACCUGGCUCAACCACCACUAUUCCUCUCGCGAACGCCAACUCCCACCCAUCAUUCGCGACCCAAAUCUACCUCAAAUCCACGGAGCCCAACAGCUCCCCUGAUAUCUCCCAUGGAAUCAUCUUUGCCCCCAAAGCAAUCCCAUUCCCUCCCGCCACCGGCCUCCCCAUUGGCUUCGUCGCGGACAUCACCAACAUUUCUCUCAUCCAGCUCACCGCUGCUAUAGCCCAUCUCGCCUAUGAAGAUGACACCAAACAAAUUGAGUGGCUCUUGAACCCCAUCACCGAGUUAUGGUACCAAGCCGCUCAAGAUUCUCCCGACAUUUUCGUCAAUAUCAUCGAAUCUUAUCAAGCAUUCACAGCCCCCUUCAAACCACUCCCCAUGCCCCCUCCUUUCAGUCUCAAUCUCACCCGUCAUAUGGAAUGGUCAAUCAUCCACACAAUCCUCUGGGACUACGCUCUAGCCGGUAGCUCCUCGGCCGUGCAAGCCAAACUAGUGACAUACGCCCAACGUGCCCUAGCCGACGCCCACGCCCUUCCUCCAGACAGCAUCUUGCCCCCUCUCGGCUAUGCUUCCUCCAUCUGGAACCAGCCAUACAUCUUUGCCUAUCGUCCUCCCGACACUAAAAGCUGGCUCACUCGCUACCAUCUCAAACUCUAUUCUCAGUGGGCCAAGCCUCCCCCCGCAUCCCAGCGAAAGGGCUCCAAGCCAACGCUCUAG